AUGGCGGCUCGAUGAACUUUGAAAGUUUUCUAGAAAUUUGUUUUAAAAAUAUCGAGUAAAUUACGCAUUUUUAAACUCUGUUAUACAAGAAUCAUGUCAGAGGACGACAAUGAUGCUCCUAAAGCAAAAAAACAACGCAUUUACUUUGGAAGUUUAGAAGAAAUCGAGAGAGAACGUUUGUCGAAGGCAAGCGCGCCAAAGACGGAGAGCUCUACAAGCACUUCAGCGGAUGGUAAAAGAAAAGAAAAUGGAAUGUCUGAUGCUAUUCUUGCGGGUAUUCAAGCCGGGAAUAUUAAUAUUAGCGAAGGAGAAUAUCAAGAUCUUUCAGAGGACAAUACCAUUGAACGGCACAAAGAACUACUAGCUGAGUUUGAAAAAAGAAAAAAGGCUCGUUUGAUAACAGUACCUACAGAUAUUGCUUCCGUGAAAGCUAGGCUACGAGAAAUAAGACAACCAAUUACUUUAUUUGGAGAAGGAGCCCUAGAAAGAAGAGAAAGAUUGCGUGCAAUACUUUCAGAAUUUGGUGAAGAUAUUAUUACAACAGAAGAUAAACAACAACGGGAAGAAAUACCACAAGAAACUGAAGAAGUUUGGUACCAUGAGGGACCUGAUGAAUUAAGGAUUGCAAGGAUAUGGAUAGCUAAUUAUUCCCUACCAAGAGCAUGCCAGAGAUUAAAACAAGCAAGAAUAAUGCAAGCCAGACCAGACCCAGAGAAAGCAGCAAAAACACAAGAACUACAUCGAAAACUAAGGUCUUUAAAUAACUUAUGCAGUCAGAUUGGAGAUGAGAGGCCUCUUUCAUUCUGUCAGUUUUCACCAGAUUCAAAGAUUUUAGCCACUGCAUCUUGGAGUGGUUUGUGCAAGCUUUGGUCAGUCCCAAAUUGUGAACCCAUUUCAAUUUUAAAAGGUCAUAAUGAACGUGUUGGUGCAAUAGUGUUCCAUCCUCAAGCAACAUUAUCUCUUGACGAAACUGGUCCAUGCAUGGCAUCCUGCUCUGCAGAUGGAGCUGUUAAACUAUGGUCCCUUAAAUCAGAUACACCUAUAGCGAAUAUCGAAGGUCAUGAAAAAAGAGUACCACGUCUGGCAUACCAUCCCUCUGGACGCUUUCUUGGCACAUGUUGUUUUGAUAACUCAUGGCGAUUAUGGGAUCUAGAACAAUUAAAGGAAGUCUUACAUCAGGAAGGACACAGUAGAGAGGUUUAUAGCAUAGCUUUCCAAACAGAUGGAUCAUUGUCGGCAACUUGUGGACUUGAUGCACGUGGUCUGGUAUGGGACUUGCGCACAGGACAGUGUGUCAUGUCACUUGAUGGUCAUCUGCAGAAGGUCUUAGCUAUUGAUUUUGCACCUAAUGGAUAUCAAAUUGCAACAGGAAGUGAGGACCAAAAAGUAAUGAUAUGGGAUCUACGGCAACACAAAUGUCUCUAUACUAUACCAGCACACACUAACCUUGUAUCACAUCUGAAAUACCAUGACGAUUACUUGCUAUCAGCAUCUUAUGACAGUCACAUAAAGGUGUGGUCUCACCCAGGAUGGGCUCCUCUCAAGACACUAGCAGGACAUGAACAAAAAGUCUCGUGCGUUGAUCUAUCUCCUGAUGGACAGUACAUCGCGUCUACAUCAUUUGAUCGCACCUUCAAACUCUGGAGCGCGGAAUAAUUUUGCGAGACGAAAGAUCGACUUGACCCUGUCGCGAUUCAUGGUUCUGACUCCCCUUAGUUACCGUUGCUAUGUCYCACUAUCUCAAAAUUAGAUUAGGAUCAUGCCAAGCGUCGAACUUCACAUGAGCCGAACCUAAUGAUAUCAAAGAAGACCGCCUUGUAAUCCAUUGUUAGAGUUAGGUUCGGCUCAUGUAAGUUCGACUUUUGACCUGUGUCUAAGAUACUUUACUUGAGCCGCAUCAUAAACAUAAACAUAAACAACAGUUAAGCAAAGAAAUGCUGCUCUAGGGAAUGACACCUGCUCUCGGAAACGAGAAAACAUUACGUCCAAGGUAAAGAGGGCAAUUCCACAACUUUGUUUCACGGUCCAAGUAAAAUCACGCUAAUAAGGGGCAAGGAAAUAAACCUUGGUCUUUCACACAACCCCAAACGGGAAAACUGUCUAGCAUUUUACCAUUCUUUUAAGAAUUCACAUCAAAUUAAAAUCACACCCUUUCUAACU